AUGAAUGCAUCCAGUGGUCUCUAUGACACUGACGAGACAGACCGGGUUAAGCGGAAGCAAAAGAUCAUUUUACUGAAUCAGUUGAGUUUGCAGCUGUCCACAGUCAGCUCUUUACAGUCCAAGAUUACUGCUCAGCGUCGUGCGCUGCGUAAUGAAGAAGCCUAUUGGAGAGCACAACUGCAAUCUAUAGAAAGCAGCCAGUUCUUGACACAACUGAAACAGCAGGAUCCGUCAUUAUACCAUGUUCCAGUUGAACCCACGCCAGUAUCCACUUGCGCUCCUUCUACUGAUACUGCUCAGAGCCAUGCGGAGCUCGAUACAAACGCUCCCUUUCAUUUUGGUGAUUUGGAUAGACAACACUUUUUGGAGCCAAUUGAUCGGCCAGCAGAUGGGAAUGUAGAUCUAGCUGCUGGUCAGACUGAACUUGAACACACUAUAAAUACCAGUAAUGUCCCACCUUCGUCCACAGAUUUGUGGGCUGUUGCUGAAGAUAUUGGAAUGAUCUUUGAUUUUGAUGCUUCAGAUUCACCAACAUAA